GUGAAGAGCGUGAACCUGUCUGACGGGGAGGUGCUCUCCAUCCGCGGGGUGGACGGUGAUGCCCUGGUGGUCCUGGCCAACCAGACCCUGCUGGUGGAGGGCCAGGUGAUCCGCAGCCCCACCAACACCAUCUCUGUCUACUUCCGCACCUUCCAGGACGAGGUGGUGGGGACAUUCCAGCUCCACUACCAGGUGUUUAUGCUGAGCUGCAACUUUCCACGGAGACCUGACUUCGGAGACGUCACCGUGAUGGAUUUGCACUCGGGUGGAGUUGCUCAUUUUCACUGUCACCUGGGCUACGAGCUGCAGGGUCCCAGGGUGCUUACGUGCAUCAACGCCUCGAGGCCGCACUGGAGCAGCCCGGAGCCCAUCUGCUCAGGUACGCGCCUCCGGGGCUUUGCUGCGGCCCCCUGGGGCGGGCCCGUCCACAAUGCCACCAUCGGCCGCGUCCUCUCACCCAGCUACACCGGGAACCAGUCGAGCAGCAUGUACUGCGUGUGGGCCAUCGGGGCCCCCCCGGGCCAGAAGCUGCACCUGCACUUCGAGAAGCUCCUGCUGACCGAGAAGGACAGGAUGGUGGUGUACAGCGGGGACACGAACCAGUCCGCCGUCCUCUACGACUCGCUGCGCGCCGACAGCGUGCCCUUCGAGGGGGUGAUCAGCGACGGCUCCACCAUCAGGAUCGACUUCCUCGCGGAGGAGCCCGCAGCUGCCACCGCUUUCAACAUACGCUUUGAAGCCUUCGAGCGGGGCCACUGCUAUGAGCCCUACAUCCAGAACGGGAACUUCACCACCUCCGACCCCACCUACAACCUGGGCACCACCGUGGAGUUCACGUGCGACCCCGGGCACUCCUUGGAGCAGGGUCCCGCCGUCAUCGAGUGCGUCAACAUGCGGGACCCGUACUGGAAUGACACGGAGCCGCUGUGCCGAGCCACAUGUGGGGGGGAGCUGACCGCCAUGGCCGGGGUGAUCCUGUCCCCCAACUGGCCAGAACCCUAUGCGGAGGGGGAGGACUGCAUCUGGAGGGUCCACGUUGGUGAGGAGAAGCGGCUUUUCCUGGACAUCCAGCUGUGA